AUGGCUGAAGAAGACGGUCAGGAGCUUGUCAGCAAGCCCUUCAAGUUCGUGACUGCCGGUAAGCUCACCCGCGACCACCCGACGAGCGCGAGCACCGACGCCCGCUUCCCCAACCAGAACCAGACCAAGCACUGCUGGCAGAACUACGUCGACUACCACAAGUGCAUCAACGCCAAGGGAGAGGACUUUGCCCCCUGCCGCCAGUUCUGGCUGUCAUACCGAUCACUGUGCCCCUCCGGCUGGUACCAGCGCUGGGACGAGCAGCGCGAGGCUGGCAACUUCCCCGUCAGGCUGGACGCUUAG